CAUUAUGACCUUAGGAGGAGGAGGAGGAGGAGGAGGAGAGAUGGAGGAGAUAGUCAUUGUUGGUGGGGGCCUUAGUGGCCUUGCGACAGCCCUUGCUCUUCAUAGGAAAGGGAUUGCCAGUUUGGUGCUCGAAAGAUCUGAGUCUUUACGUGCAAGCGGAGCAGCCAUAACCAUCAGGACCAACGGGUGGCAUGCCCUGGAUUAUCUUGGGAUCGCCUCUGCACUCAGACAAACUGCUGUUUCUAUUGAAGGGUUUGCCAGUAUUAAUCUCGAUUGGAGCAUGCAGCAGACGAGAUCACCAAUAAGUAGGGGAGAAACACGGUGUAUAAGACGCAGUGAUCUCAUUGAAGCUUUGGCUAGAGACCUUCCACCGGGGUCGAUCCGGUUUGGGUCCUAUGUCAAGUUCAUCAAAUCUGAUCCCUUUUCUUCCUGUCCCAUCCUUCAUCUGAAUGAUGGUAGUACCAUCAAGGCCAAGGCUCUGGUGGGAUGUGAUGGGGUGAACUCAGUUGUCCUAGACUAUCUGGGAAUGAGGCCUACCAAUUUUUCAGGUUCAUCAGCUUUCCGCGGUUUCACAAACUACCCAGAAGGUCACGGAUUCGAGAACUUGUUUUUCCUUGCUACAAGAGGGAAAGUUUUGCUGGGGAGAGUGCCAGUGGAUGAUACUCUUGUCUACUGGUUCAUAACCCGUCAUUGGACACCAGAAGAUUUAAAGAUUUCAAAUAACCAAGAUUUGAUGAAAAGCUCGAGCCUCGAGUCAAUCAAGGAUUUCCCCGAGGACGUGACAAAGAUGAUAGAGAAGUGCGACCGCAGCUCUCUCUCUUGCAUGCGGUUCAGAUACCGAGCUCCGUGGGAUCUGAUGGUGGAAAGCUACAGGAAGGGAACCACUACAGUUGCAGGCGAUGCACUGCACGCGAUGAGCCCAUUCAUUGGACAAGGUGGGUCUGCUAGUCUAGAAGAUGCCAUAGUUCUCACUGAGUUUUUGGCACAAAAGCUCCGAGAGGUUGGUCCAGACAGGCCGCAUCAGGAAUUGAUGGGGAAGUACGAAGAGGCACUGGAAGGAUAUGUGAAGCAUAGAAGGAUGAGACUUGUUAGAUUGUCGGCACAGUCUUAUCUCAUGACUAAAUUGGCUGAGACAUCCUCUGUUCUAGUGAAGACUCUUUGCAUCGCUGUAAUGAUCAUCUUCUUCAGGGAUUACACCGCUCAUACUGAGUAUGAUUGUCGCCGCCUCCGACUCUGAGUGCGUGAGGCAGGACUCGAGAAGUCAUUUAUAAUCUUGUAUGGAUUCUUUUACUCGAUAUACAAACUGAUGCUAAUAAAUAAUAAUAAUCUGAGACCACGCUUUGGUCAUUA